GUGGUGACAGCUGCGCCGCCAGAAAUUAAAUAAUAGUUGUAAACAUUUUUAAUUCAUUAUUUGUGUUUACUGAUAACGUCUACCAACUGUUUACAUUCUACAUCAAAACAACAAAGGAAAAUGUACAAAUUAUUGUUUGUUUCUAACGUCAAGUGUAGUUGAUUGAUAAAACUGAUAAAAAUGUCUACUUUAUUAAAAUGAUGAAAAGCAAAAAGAACGAUUGUCCGUUGCUCGAAAAUCCCGUCACGUAUGACCCUGACACGAUAAACCUUUUGGAAAAUGCAGAAGCAAGGGAAUAUUGGCUCACAUCGUUGGACGAAAUGGUCAGAGGUUUUGAGAAAAAGGCAAAGCUGUUGAACCCAAAUAAAGCAGACGCACCGGAAAUCUUGAGGAAAUGUCGUGAACAGUUCCACGACCAUAUUGAAAACAUUCGAAAAGAACCACUGAUUGUAAAACCUCUAAGUGUAAGAACUCUUCUAGAGACCCACCAAACUAUUUUGGAAAAGAAUGGCUUUCAAGAUAUGUGGUCUAAUCAAAAAGAAAGGGAAACACUUGCUGCCUUUACUCAAUUUAAGAAACGUAUGGGAGAUAUUGAUGAGCUACUGGACUUUUAUCAGAAAUGGGCUGAACUUUCCAAAGGAAUAAUAGCAGGAAAUGUAUUUGACUGGGGUGCCAAAGCUGUUUCUGAAAUAUUAGAGAAAACAAACGACUUUGGUCUUCAUCAUGCAAUGAAAACAGUUCAACAAAGACCAUGGUUUAUAGACAAUGUUGAUGUUUGGAUAAAGAACCUCAGGGAACAACCCUAUCAUUCAGCUUUAAUAUUUGUUGACAAUGCUGGAGUAGACUUUGUGUUGGGAGUUCUACCUUUUGUAAGACAACUCCUUAUAGAAGGCACAAAUGUUUACAUUGCAGCUAACUCUACUCCUUCUUUAAAUGAUGUAACUUAUUCUGAUCUGCAACGUUACCUUGAAAUGGCCUGUAAAAAAUGUAAUGUGAUACAACAGUCUCUUUUAGACAAUAAACUCAUAGUAAUAGACAGUGGUCAGAGAGGUCCUUGCUUAGAUUUGAGAAGCUUAAAUGCAGAUACAUAUGAAGUUAUGAAGAAAGUAGAUCUAUUAAUAUUGGAAGGUAUGGGGCGAGCAGUGCAUACAAAUUUUAACGCGAAAUUCAAAGUUGACUGUCUUAAACUGGCGGUUCUAAAGAAUGCUUGGCUUGCACGAAAUCUUGGUGCAAGUCAGUUUUCAGUUAUAUUUAAAUAUGAGGCUUCUUCAAACAAGUCAAUUUCAUAAAACAAGAACGUUUACCAUCAAACAUUGUAAAUAUAAACCAAAAUUGUUGGAUCGUGUGAAUAAUAAAGUUUGUAUUUAUUAA